GGCGCGCGCUGAUUGGACGGCGCUCCCCGCGGCGCGGGCCCGCAGCCGGGCGCCCCGCACAGCCCGCGCCAGCGGCCGCCGCACCCAGCCGCGCCGGCGAGGACAUGGGCAGCCGCGGCGCGCCGGCCCCCCGCGCCGAUGUGAAUUAUUAAAAAGAAAAUGGCCCGAUGGUGCCCUGUAUUUCCUUCUCUCGUCACCGAGGAAAGGCGAGUUAGAACCAUGCCCCGACACAGCCAGUCCCUGACCAUGGCACCCUACUCAUCUGUAAGCCUAGUGGAACAACUGGAAGAUAGAAUCCUCUGCCACGAGAAAACAACCGCUGCCCUUGUGGAGCACGCCUUCAGGAUUAAAGACGACAUUGUCAGCAGUUUGCAGAAAAUGCAAAACAAAGGGGGAGGUGACCGCCUGGCCAGGCUUUUCUUGGAGGAGCACAUCAGAAACAUCACUGCCAUAGUGAAGCAACUCAAUCGGGAUAUUGAGGUACUCCAGGAACAGAUCCGGGCCCGGGACAACAUCAGCUAUGGAACUAAUUCUGCCUUAAAGACUCUGGAGAUGCGUCAGCUCUCUGGUUUGGGAGACCUUCGGGGGAGAGUGGCAAGGUGUGACGCCAGCAUAGCCAGACUCUCUGCAGAGCACAAAACGACUUAUGAGGGGCUCCAGCACCUGAACAAAGAACAGCAAGCUGCCAAACUUAUCUUGGAAACAAAAAUCAAAGACGCAGAGGGGCAGAUUUCUCAGCUUUUGAACAGAGUGGACUUGUCGAUAUCAGAGCAAAGCACCAAACUGAAGAUGUCCCACAGAGACAGUAACCACCAGCUGCAGCUUUUGGAUACGAAAUUUAAAGGUACGAUUGAGGAGCUCAGUAAUGAGAUUUUAUCUGCACGGAAUUGGUUGCAACAGGAACAAGAACGGAUAGAAAAAGAACUUUUACAGAAAAUCGAUCAGCUUUCCUUGGUUGUUAAGGAAAACAGUGGAGCCAGUGAAAGGGACAUGGAGAAGAAGCUGAGCCAGAUGUCAGCCAGACUUGACAAAAUAGAAGAGAGUCAGAAGAAGAAUAUGGAGGUGCAGAGAACAAAACAGGAAGAGGAGAAGGUUCAUGGGCGCAUCAGCAAGCUGGAGUUACAGAUGAAUGAGGACAUGAAGGAAAUGAAGGCAGAAGUUGACGCUGGGUUUACAGCCAUCUAUGAAAGUAUAGGAUCCCUCAGGCAAGUUCUUGAAGCCAAGAUGAAGUUGGACAAGGACCAGCUGCAGAAGCAAAUCCAACAGAUGCAGAAGCCAGAAGGUCCCAUGUGAAGGGGGCUGGGACAAGGACCUCAAACGUGGUUUUGCUCGUGGGGCUAGAGCUAGAUACCUGUGUAGCCAGGCUGUCACUGCAUUCGGGAUUGUUCUACUCAUGGCGUGCAUGUGCCAAGAAAUGUGUUUUCAUGGGUCUAAGCGUUUACCUUGAGUCUCAAAAACACUUUUUUUAAAAGUAUGAAAUACAACUUUUACCACUUUAUUCCACUUCUCUAAAUUCAAUGGAAUAUCCUCCCUGCCCCUGGAUUUUGAAAGGCUUUUUUCCCCUUCAUUUUAUGAAUGAAAAGACUUAACUUUCCUUCAAUGCUUGACGCUCUAGCCAAGACUUUACUAUUUUGAAAAAUGUCAUGGUGAUUUUUUUAAAAUUAAGAAACUAAUGAAUUAUCACAGGAAUGUGUUUCUCCUUACCCUAAAUUAAGAGAAUGUCCUGGUAGAUUAGAAUUCAACCUUUUAGUCCAUAUUUGGAUUUUAUGAUUGUUAUCUGUGCAUUUCUUAUAAGGUUAUCUUCUUGUAAAUCUUCUGUCUUUUGUAGAGACAAGGGAUUUAACAUUUGGAAACCCACUUCAUCAUUUACUUGAUGAAAAAAGCUUAAAAAUUGAUAACUGCCAUAUACAUUGCAGAUUAAAAUGAAAACUUAAGACAAUUAUCUAGAUAAUGCAAGGCACAAUAUCUACAGUGACCACCUAAUUAAGCCAGGUUUUAAUAUUGAAAACUUUUUUCAACUAUCCACAGCCUGUAUAGUGAUAGCCAUAUAUUUAAUAAUGGAAUGGUGGUUGAUAGUCUGUUUAUUGCACAAUUAAUCGUUUGUUAAUCAUAAUAGGAUGUGAGAAUUUUUCAGGCUUUAUGAUCUCCUCUCUAAAUGUUUCCAAAAUUGGCACAAAGUGCUAAGGUUUAUAUACACUUAUUGUAACUGUAUUCUUGUGCCUUGGUUUUACCACGUCAAUGCACUGUAUCCUAUAAAAGUUUUACAGACAAAAUAGAAGGCAUGAUAAUACAUCAGAAUUAUGAUGUAAAAAUGGGAUCCUUUGUAAUUUUUAAAUGUUCUGAAAAUUUUAUCACUGUUAAGACAUUAGUCAUUCAGUAUUAUUAAUGGAAUAGAAAUUCAUACUUUUGUAUGGACAGAGAAUCAAAUUGAUAUUGCAUUUAUAACACUGUCAAGAACCUUUCAUUUUGAGCAGCUUUGUAGAGGAUGGGUGUUUUAUUUUCAAUCUCCAUAUUUGACUAGUCAUUGAAAAUUGGUGCCAGUGAAGUUGUUGACCCGUGGAUGUAAAACCUGAUGGUGAGACACACACUGUCCUAAACUGUGAGGGUGCCCAGGAAAAGGAAGACCAUUCUUGAAGAUUUAAAAAAAAAAAAAUUGUGUUUUGUUGUUUGCCAAGGACUCAGGAAAAUUAAAGCAUUUUCUAUUUUUAGGAUAACUCAUAAAUGAAUUAUAUAACUGGCUAUUACUGUUUACCCAUAUAAAAUAUGCUGCUACACUACACAGUAUUUUACCUUCUUUGGCUUGACAAAAAAAUGUUUUUUUAAUUAGACCUGAGGAAUCAUCUAAGGAAUGUGUCAUCCAACACGUAUUUCCUUAUUUUGUCACAAACCUUUGCAUCUCUCUCUAUAGGAAGACUAUUUCCACUUGACAAUGAAAAAAAAAAAGGUUAGUGCUCAUUUGCAACCAGAAAGUGAAUUUCUUUCUGUGAUAGAAUAACCACAUUUAGUACAGUUUCCCCUGUUUAUGCACAAGCCACAGCACAGAGAAUCACGCGUCCUCCGGUGUCUCUCUCCUCUGCCGUCUCUGAGGAGGAAGAGUCAGCACAUGUGACACUUGGGAAGAGGGACGGGGGGGCCAGCUGGACUUGGGUUGUGGGGUGACGUGAGCAGGCGACGGUUGGAUGUCCGCUGGAAUUGCUUGGGUGCUCCUGAUGCUGCCAAGCUCAGGCCAUGAGCUCCAGCAGGGUCCCCCACCCUGGCCACAUGUUGGAAUCACCCGCAGAGUUCAAAAAGCUAUUGAUGCCUGGGCUGCCCCCCUAGACCAAUUAAGCCAGAACCUCUGGGAGGAGGGAGGCAGACAUCAGUAAGGUGUCAAAGGCCCCCUGGUGAUUCAAAGGCCGCUGAGGUUGUAAGCCACUGAGCUACAGCGUGCUCUUAUGACCAAAGUUUAAAUGAGGAUCAGCUUCCGUGUUCUUUCCUUUACCAGAAAUUUGCAAUAAAAAGAAUAAAA